AUGGCAGCACCAACUUCGACCAUUGACAAACGCGACGGCCAUAAGCUCGUCGUCCCCAUCGACAGCGAUCCGUUCGUCUUCGCCUACCUCGCCAAAGCGUUGGGCGUGUCUUCAGCUGUGACAUUCCACGACGUCUACUCCCUCACAGAACCCGAUCUCCUCGCCCUCGUUCCGCGCCCCGUGCAUGCAGUCAUCAUCAACUGUCCCGGCGCGUCAUACCGCGCUGCGCGCGGGGAAGAGAAUGCCACGACCCCCGCGUAUAAUGAGACGGGUGACAAACCCGUGUUAUGGAUCAAGCAGAACAUACACGAGGCGUGUGGGACGAUGGCCGUUAUCCACUCGGUAUUGAAUGGUCCAGCGCGCAAGCACAUCGAGCCCGGAUCAUUGCUCGCGCGUCUCUACGAGGCUAUGGUCCCGCUCGAACGAGAGCCACGCGCUAAAAUACUCGAAGACUCCAUAGAGCUGGAAGAAGCGCACGCCGCUGCCGCCGAUCUGGGCCAGAGCGAAGCUCCCGAGCUGGGUGAUCUCGGUACGGACGGACACUUCCUUGCGUUCGCGAAAGGCGAUGAUGGACAUCUGUGGGAGCUCUGCGGGUAUGCACCGGGGCCAGUCGACCGCGGCGCAUUGGCGGAGGGCGAGGACGCGCUGAGUGAGCGUGCAGUCCAGCUGGGCGUAGGCGCGUUUUUGGAGAAGGCGCAGGACAGUCUCAAGUUCUCAAUCAUCGCAGUCUGUCUGCCGGAGUGA